UCCCCACAAUCCCUUUCGCCGGCGCGCAUGCUCGCAUCCUCCCAUGGAUCCAAGAUGGCCGACACAGGGACCGGUGGAUCUGGUAGCAGCUCGGGCACGCGCUCAGGUGGCAAACACUCUACGACUCCUGCAGAUAACUAUUAUUUGGCUCGAAGGCGGACCCUGCAGGUGGUGGUCAGCUCUCUCUUGACAGAGGCUGGGUUUGAGAGCGCAGAGAAGGCCGCUGUGGAAACCAUGACGGAGAUGCUCCAGAGCUAUAUAUCAGAAAUAGGAAGGAGCGCCAAGUCUGUCUGUGAACAUACGGCAAGGACUCAGCCAACCCUUUCUGAUAUUGUCGUCACCUUAGUUGAAAUGGGUUUCAAUGUAGAAACGCUCCCUGCGUAUGCCAAACGGUCCCAGAGGAUGGUGAUCACUGCGCCCCCGGUGACAAAUCAGCCUGUGACUCCCAAAGCCCUGACGGCUGGCCAGAACAAACCUCAUCCAUCCCAUAUACCCGGCCAUUUCCCGGAAUUCCCAGAUCCUCAUACUUACAUCAAAACACCAACGUACCGGGAACCUGUAUUGGAUUACCAGAUCCUUCGAGAGAAAGCUGCUUCCCAAAGACGAGACGUUGAAAGGGCUUUGACCCGCUUCAUGGCAAAGACCGGAGAGACACAGAGCCUUUUCAAGGAUGAUGUCAGCACCUUUCCUUUGAUAGCCGCCAGGCCUUUUUCAAUACCUUACCUGACAGCUUUGCUGCCUUCUGAGUUAGAGAUGCAGCAGAUGGAGGAGACAGAUUCAUCAGAGCAAGAUGAUCAGACUGACACCGAGAACCUCCCUCUGCACGUGAGCAUGGAUGACUCGGGAGCCGAGAAGGAGAAUGCGUCAGUCUUGCAGCACAACACCUCCCUUUCUGGCAGCCGAAAUGGAGAGGAGAACUUGAUAGACAAUCCCUACCUGCGUCCAGUGAAGAAACCCAAGAUCCGCAGGAAGAAGUGAUUUGCAGCAAAUUGUUUGGUUGAGUCAGAGGAAGACUUUGGUCUUUUCGGAGACCCUAUGUUAUUGAAAUAUGGCAUAGGAAAAGCUGGAAGGUACUGCUGGUUGAGGGCCUGGUGGAAUCUCCAGUUUUGUCUUCUCCCCAACAGUUUGUGAUAACUGGAGAAGAAGGCUAAAACAUUGAACUAAAGCAAGUGAAGAUCAUGCCAAAUGAACUCUUCAUCUUUCUGCUCCAGAGAAGGCUGCAUGGAAAUUUGGAGUAUUGGCAACAUGUCUUCUGAUUGAGGACUUCAGGCAAAAAGACAAACAUUUCCACUUACAUUUUGCCAGUUCUUCUGGAACAUCACAAGAAUCAACCCUUCUUUCUUAUUUUUUGUAAUUGUGUUGAGUGACAGGCCAAAGCAUUGUGUAACUCGAGUUGUUGGAUGAGAAGCGAUUGAUGUUGCCAUCCAGAGAUCUUCUGUGGUGCCUUUUCAAAACUGAAACAUUUCAGAACUACUCAGUUCAGACAUCUUCAAAGCCUUUUGUGUUUGGAGUUGAGUUUUGGUCAGAUUUUUAGCUCUGAUAUAUGAGAUGUUAGGCCAGUUGAGGGAAAAAUCAGUAAUAACAUCUAAUUCAGAAGAUACAGAUCUACCAAAUACAGGUUUUGAAAGCUAAUUCCACAAGAUGCCCAGUUCUUUAAGUGCAUUUGCAGUUCAGUAUGUUGACCGUGGCUCUUUUGUCUUUAUUUGGGUAAGAGAACUUUAUUUUGAAUCUUUCCAUUGCACUGUAUGGCUCACAGUUUUAGACUUCCGUUCUCCAUAACUUUAUAGCAGCAAUAUUUCUAUCUGCCUUUGGCCCCAAAUUUUAUUUUGAAGAGCACCAGUCCCAUCACUAGUUUGAAGCAGAACAAAACAUCCUGCAAAGCUAAACUUGAACUGUGUUUCCUGGGUUGCCUAUCAUCUGUUCUAGGCAUAAAUUGUUUUUAUUGAAAGUGAAAAAGAUAUUACUGUAUUGAAAAUCUGCAACUGCCUCAAAUGAGGGGCAAAAGAACAAAUAGUGCAGAAAGUAUGUUUUCGCUACUUAAAAUAACAGCAUCUGCAAUUUAAUUGAACAGCUUUAAGUGCCAUGGUAAUCUUAUUCUUCCCAGUUGGCAGAGUGGCUCUGUGAUGUCAGCUCAUUACAGAAUAUGGAAAUGAAAACAAGUGUUUGAAAAUAGCUGUUGUGGUGUUGGCUGGGAGUCCUUGUGAUCCAUCAUGUGUCUUCUUUCCCGUCUUGAGUUGAAAAUUAUAUAAACACACACACACGCACACACAUAUACAGAUUGAGAGAGAGAGCUGAGGAAAUUCUGUUAUUUCUAUUAAAUCCUUGUGGUUUUCCCACUUAAAGUUAAAGUUAAUACCCACACAUUCAGUUUUCUCCUUAAAGUGUAGAUUUUGUGGGAUGAGUACAUUUUGAUUACUUGUAAUUGAGGAACAUGAUUUUCUGUAAAAUAUUUAAGCUAGAAAGAGUAUCCCUGAAAGCUUUAAAGAAGGGGGAAUCAAAUACUUGUGAAAAAGUAAAAAAAAAAUCAAGCCAACAGAGGCUGAUGUUCCCAGUCUCCUCCUGAAAAUACAGUAUUGUUUAUUUUGUUCAUGGACACGAUUGGUUUUAAGGUGUACCACUAGGAUACAAGCUACAUGCCUAUUGCUAUAGUUUCCCCAAAUAUUGAGUAGGAAAGGGUAAAAUCUUUCUUCUUCUUCAAAUAUUCUGAUUGUUUUUGAAAUAAAAUUAUAGAUUGGUUGAAUCUGGUAGAAAAGCAAAGUAGCAUGAUUGCCUAAAGAAUAAUGAGUUCAGAUGACAUGUGUUGAUCCAGUGAUUUCCAAAUUUGGGUCCUCUGAGGGUUUUGGAUUUCAACUCCUGGAAGCCUCAAUAGUCAGGAGUUCUGGGAGAUGAAGCCCAAAACAUCUAAUGGAGCAAAAUUUAAGAAUCAUUGCAUUAAGCUGUCAGAGUUCCUCCUUCUUUGCCAAAUCUGUGUAUUUUUUUCUAGCCAUAGUUUGUGAUGACACUUGAACUGGACAAACUCUGGUUUGAAAAUGUUGUUUGGAAGCAAUAUUAGCAAUCCUAAUUUCGCCAUU